UACUACCUAAGAAGGGAGAGAGAGAGAGAGAGAGAGCUUUCCUUUUGCUGCUUGCCAUCCAGGGAACGAAGAGCGCGAGAGGGAGAGAUGGGAGGAGAUCGGAAGAUCGGGGUGGCGCUGGACUUCUCGAAGAGCAGCAAGAGGGCGCUGGGGUGGGCCAUCGACAACCUCCUCGACGAAGGCGACACCCUCAUCGUCCUCCAUGUCAUGCACCCCAAGGGCGACGAGGCCAAGCACGCCCUCUGGUCCCAAUCCGCUUCCCCUCUUAUUCCUCUGACGGAGUUCAGGCAACCGGAGGUGAUGAAGAACUACGAUCUGGAAGUCGACAUCGAGGUCCUCGACAUGCUCGACACUGCUUCCCGACAGAAGCAGGCAACGAUCGUGGCGAAGUUGUACCGGGGAGAUGCAAGGGAGAAGCUGUGCCAAGCCGAGGAAGAUCUCAAGCUGGACUCGCUGGUCAUGGGCAGCAGAGGUCUUAGCCGGCUCCUAAGGAUUUUGUUGGGCAGUGUGACGAGCUAUGUGUUGUCAAAUGUAUCAUGCCCUGUGACCAUUGUCAAGGAUCCAGACUUCAAACCUUGACAGACUUCCUGGAAAGAUAAAAUCAAGUGCCAAAAUUUUCAAGGUGUGAAGAUUCCUUGUGCUGGGAGAGAGGAGUCUAGUAAUGGACUUGAAAUAAUUUGAAAGUAGUUAAUUAACUUGCUCUUGUUGAAGCAAGUUGCACCUUCUAUAUACAAUACGUUUUGAACUGUGUGCGAAUUGUCAGAAUAAAUUGAGUGAUGUGUAGAUGAUGUGCAUCUUUUAGUUGUUUAGCAUAUCUCAUAAAUCUCUCAUCUUUUCUUUUUAAAUUACUUUCAGUUUGAACUACAUAUCUGAUCUGGAAUAAUUUGUGUUGUUGUAUACACGCAACUUGGAAGAAA